AUGCCCAAAAUUCGCACAACAAGAACGAAGAAGCCACCAGAAGGAUUCGAAGAGAUUGAAACGAUUCUUGAAGACUAUGCGAAGAAGAUGAGAGACGCCGAAAAUGAGUCUCACGAGGGCAAACGCAAGACCGAAUCGCUUUGGCCAAUAAUGCGAAUAUCCCACACACGGUCCCGGUACAUCUACGAGCUCUACUACAAGCGCGAGGCGAUCUCGAAGGAGUUAUAUGAUUGGCUGCUGAAGGAGGGUUACGCAGACGCCAACCUCAUUGCGAAGUGGAAGAAAGCCGGAUACGAGAAACUAUGCUGUUUGAGAUGUAUUCAGACCAAAGACAUGAACUAUCAAGGGUCUACUUGUGUGUGUAGGGUUCCCAAGGCACAAAUUCGGCCAGGAACGAUUGUCGAAUGCGUACAUUGUGGAUGUCGCGGUUGCAGUUCCGAUUCAUGA